AUGAUGCGCCGCCGCCGACGGAGCCGAGGCUGGAUGCGGGCAACCAGCAUCAUGACCACUGUAUGUGCUGCCCUCGUCAAGAAUAGACAACGAGAAAGGAGAAACAAGAAACGAGAGAAGCUCGUCAGAAAGACAUGGCCCGCUAAUGGAAUGCGCUCGACAGACGCCCAGAGACUCCCCAAAUGGCGCAAUGCACUGCGCAAUCGUCUGAUCCCCAUCAUACGGUGCGAGACACCAUGGCUUGCCCUCAUGCAGGACAAGAUGCGCUCGCCAGCACUCGACUCGUACUUUGCCUACACGGCCAACCUAGGCACCCAUACCUUCUUCAUGGUCUUUCUCCCGAUCCAGUUCUGGUGCGGAUAUACCAGUCUUGGUCGAGCGACCGUCUUCAUGCUUGCCGCAGGAGUCUACUGGACUGGCUUCCUCAAGGACCUGCUCUGCUUGCCCAGACCUCUGUCGCCGCCGCUUGCCCGCAUCUCCAUGUCUGGCUCCGCUGCGCUCGAGUACGGCUUCCCCUCGUCGCAUUCUGCCAAUGCCGUCUCGGUCGCCUUCUACGCCAUCUACAUGCUACGGCAAUCGCCCCAUGAAUACCACCCACACGUCAGCAUGGCCCUGCAGGCCUUGUUCUACUUCUACGCCCUUUCCAUCAUCGUGGGCCGCCUGUACUGCGGCAUGCACGGUUUCCUCGACGUCAUCAUCGGAAGCACAAUGGGUGCCCUCAUUACAACCUUUCAGCUGGUCUAUGGUGACUGGAUCGAUUCGUGGGUCUUCAGUGGAAGCUACCAAGACAUACUGUUGGCCACCUUGGCCAUCUGUCUCAUGGUCCGCAUCCACCCCGAGCCUGCUGAUGACUGUCCUUGUUUCGAUGAUAGCGUUUCUUUCUCCGGCGUAGUCAUUGGAAUCAACUUUGGGGCAUGGCACUUCUCCCAGACGGGUUACGCGCUUCAGCAUGCCUAUCCCUCCUCGGUUCCUUUUAGCCUGCACGAGAUGGGCAUCAUCAAAGCAACCAUGCGCAUUCUGCUCGGCGUCAUUGUCAUCUUCGUCUGGAGAGCCACCAUGAAACCUGCCCUUUUCAAGAUAUUGCCGCCUCUCUUUCGGCUCCUGGAGCACGCGCGCCUGAAUCUGCCCCGCGCCUUCUUCCUGAAUGCGUCCAAGUACACUUCUAUCCAACCCUUUGCCGACGAUGACAACGUCAUUCCACCUGCUUCCGAACUGCCGCAUAUGCUCAAGAACCUUGCACACCCGCGCACACGAUCUGUGUCAGUAGGUCCUCAGUCUGCCGCCGAUGCCUACGAAACACUCGCCUACCGCAACAGACGAAGAAGGGAAAGCUUCAACUCACUAGAUGGUGUGGUGCCCGAAGAAGCAACCAUCGAGAAUGCUGAACCGCUCCUAGGCGCCAGUCUUCUACCCACACCCAUAGCAUCCCGGGUACAUUCCUACGAACAAAUGAUGGGCACGGGAAGAGUGUAUACGGUAGAAAAGAACACACCGCCACCAGAGAGUGACACGGACGUCGCAGGCGAGGUCCUCCCGUUCAUACAAUCAUCUACGGAAGAGGAGAACGAGAAAAGAGAGAUCUUCAUGAAACUUACGAAGCCACGUGUCCGCUAUGAUGUUGAAGUCGUUACGAAGUUGAUUGUGUAUACUGGCAUUGCAUGGAUAGCCGUAGACGGCAACCCUAUCCUAUUUGAACUGGUUGGUCUGGGCAUGGGUGUCCGGCCAUAA